AAAAAGGAGCAGAUAUACUUAUAAAGGAGGAUCUUGACGAUGACAAUAACAAAGAUAAUACAGAAGAAGAUAUAGAAGUAACACCAGAAGUAGAGGAGCAACUAGAUAUUUCAUCUAGAUUGGCAGUAUAA